AUUCAGUGAAGGGGGGAGCCUCCAUGCCCAAAGUGCUGUCCACACUCCAGCCUCCAGCUUCCCCCAUCUGUGCAUCCCUGCAGCCCCAGGAGCCAGCUGCUGCUGCCCAACAUUGCAGGAGUGAAAGCUGCUCCCGCCUGGGUUCCUGCACGGUUCCUGCCAAAGCCCACACCACUGGCUGAAUUGAAGGAGGCUGAAGCAGCACUGAACUGGAAGCUGCUCGUUUGAUUACCCACAUAUCUCUAAAACUCAGCCAUCUCCACAGUGAUGGAGUAAACCUCUUGGAAACUCCCAAGCCUGCGAGAUCACAAGGACACAGUAGAAGAAGGUAACUGGGGCCAACUGAGAGAGCAGAGGCUUCUGGCUGUCAAAGGGACCUGAGAUGAAUCCCACAAGCCAGUUCCUUGGCACAACAGAAUAUGACUACGGAUAUGAUGAAAACACUGCUCCGUGCCAUGAAGGAAACAGCUUUCACAGAUUCAAAUCCUUCUUCCUGCCAAUCCUUUACUGUUUUGUGUUUGUCUUCUGCCUCCUGGGAAACUCCUUGGUCCUUUGGGUUCUCCUGACCCGGAAAAGGUUGACAACAAUGACGGACAUUUGCCUGCUGAACCUUGCAGCUUCUGAUCUCCUCUUUGUUGUGCCUCUCCCUUUCCAAGCCCACUAUGCUUCAGACCAAUGGGUUUUUGGCAAUGCUAUGUGCAAGAUAAUGGCUGGCAUUUAUUACACAGGUUUUUAUAGCAGUAUUUUCUUCAUAACCCUCAUGAGCAUAGACAGGUAUAUAGCAAUUGUCCAUGCUGUCUAUGCCAUGAGGAUACGGACAGUGUCUUGUGGCAUAAUUAUCAGUUUAAUCCUGUGGCUGGUGGCUGGCUUGGCUUCUGUACCUAACAUCGUGUUCAACCAGGAGCUGGAAAUAGAGCAGUCUGUGCAGUGUAUCUCCAAAUACCCUGCAGGCAACAACGUCUAUAAGGCUGUUUUUCAGUUUGCAGCCAAUAUCUUAGGCCUCUUGAUUCCCCUUAGCAUCCUCAUUUGGUGCUAUGCCCAGAUACUGAAAAACCUGCAAAGAUGUAAAAAUCGGAACAAGAUCAAGGCAAUCAAAAUGAUUUUCAUCAUCGUCAUUGUUUUCUUCCUCUUCUGGACUCCCUUCAACAUCGCAUUGUUCCUAGACUCCCUGCAGAGCCUGCUCAUCAUCAAUGACUGCAAGGCAAGCCACCAGAUAGCCCUGGCCCUGCAGAUAACAGAAACCAUCUCCUUCAUUCAUUGCUGCCUGAACCCUGUGAUCUACGCCUUUGCUGGAGCAACAUUCAAGGCCCAUCUUAAAGGAUUACUUCAGUCCUCCGUCUGCGUCCUCUCCAGCCCUGUUGGAGGCACAGGGGAUGGUCAGUCCUUUUCAGCACCCAGCCAUCAAUCUGGUUGCUCUGACAGUGCAAGGGUCCUGUGAGUCCACCUGCGCUGCUACCUUCUGGUGUGAGAAGUUGGCCUAAGCUCUGACACAGCCCUGGGCAUUGUAGCACGUGUGCGGCAUCCUCCUGGGAGGGCUAGUAUACCUAUGUCUCUUUUUGGCAUAUUCUGCCAGCUAUGGCAGAAUAAACGGCAACAUUAUUUUCCAAAGAGCACUGAUGCAUUUGUAAGACAGUGACUCUACAAACUUGCUACAGAACGUAUUUUAGUUGAGUUUUAGAGCUGUUUUAAUACAUUCCACCAAGGAGAGUACUUCCUCUUUAUUUCUCUCUGCUGAUGGAAGUACUGCUUCUGCCUCACCCCCAAAUAUGCUAUGCUUUGUGAUGCAUCCCUCCAUCCCUGGGACAAGCGUUGAACACCCCUCUGGGAGGUGGGGAAGAGGAUAGAUUUGGGAUUACUUCACACUGCAAAGAGAGAAUAACCUCACCUACUGCCACCAUCCCUGCUUUGCAAAGAGAGGAUAACCUCACCUACUACCACCAUCCCUGCUUCACUUCAGCUCCCAGAUAAACAUACCCCUCAGCUCAAGGUCCUGUUUUGCUGUGGAACCCUCGCAGGGGCAUGGAUGGGGGGACCCCAGAGCUGCUGCUGCCCAAAGCAGACUUUGGUGGUCAUGCCUUCAAAAACUGAGCAAUGCCUUCAGGUGCUCCCUAUAUUGGUUGCUCAUAGAGGCCCAUGUAUUUGAAUACGUUGUUAUCAAAGCAUCCUAGUAGUUUGCAUCCCUGCUGGAGGUGUAGACCCUCCAACUUGGUGCCCCAGUGCUUGCUUCUACAUGUAAACACCACAAAAUGGCAUGUAGCAUAUACGCCCUGUCUCUUUUU